UGGUUGCCUCGUUCUUGGAAAGGAAUUUUGUGUCAUGAAUUUUUUUUAUUCAUCGAGGAAGAUCAAAUAGUUCUUGUUUAUUGAAAGGAUCAUUGAAAUUCCAGUAACAUGGAGAAGUCAGAAAUAUAUAUGUGCACGAGAGUACAUGAGAUUGUACAUUUAUAUUUCGGAGUUAUAUAAAACGUUUUAUGGGAUUCUUAGAGAAAACGUAUAUUCCGAUAUAUUAGAGAAGAUAUAUAGACUUAUAUAAAAGUUUACGACUGGCGCACCAGUCCUAACGUGGGCUUCUUUAAAUGUCCGUCGGAAUUUGUUCUCAGAAUUGAUCUGCGAAAUCAAAUAUCGAAGAGACUAAUAAAUCGAUUCUCGUAUAAUGUCACAGCUGUCUCUCGAAUUACAAUUGAAAAUACGAAGAAUGAAAAAGUUAUGCUGCCUGCUAUGGAAUCGCCGAUUAUUUUAAUCGAGCUCCUGGAUGGUUGUCGACCUAGUUGAGGAACUUUACAUAGACCGUCAACCGCAAUGCAUAUGUACACUUAAUUUCACAUCUGUAUCAAAAACAACUGAGAAUUACUACAUUUUCAACUCUGAUAUAUAUUUCGCUUUAGCCUACUUUAUUUUCCUGCUACAGUUUCUUUACGAUUUUAUCGCGAUUGCUUCGGAGAAACUUUCUCCGAAAAAAAAUAAAUAAAUAAAUAACGCCGAUCAUCAGUCCAAUACUUAAUUCAGGAGCCUCAAAUUUGAAAUUUUAUUCGAGUGCUCUCGCAAACUGAGAUAUGAAUAUUUUACAACAAAGAAAAAAUAACAAACGUCGCUGUUUCGCUCCGAAAAUUCGUCGGAACGAAUUUGACGUGCCAAAAAAAAAGUUGGAAAAAUACAGGCGAUGUCUCUGAAGAUCAUUCCGCAUCAUCCUGCCCUUUAGGCGUCUUCGCGGCGUACAAUGACGUCAACUGCGGUAAGCGUCAGCGCACGUUGCAGUUCGACGACGCGCAGUCGCGGACUGCGACGCCGAUCGAUGCAACCCUCUCCGUGAGGGUGCCACAUCACACGAGGACCAGGAUAGAAUAUGCGCGCGGCUGGUGGACUCGUCCUGCGGUAAAAAGGAGAGACUUCCCUUGCGUGUGGAACUCUGACGUGAAACCGAUGAUGCAAACGUGCGCUCUACGUAGAUAGGGCGGGCUUCGAUGACCUCGGGAUUCUCCAGGAGAAAGGCAGAAGUCAGUGCUAAGUGCUAACACGUAUCUUUCAAAGUUCGAAGCUCCGCUUGCGAUGUAACAACGAAAUGCUGCGACGACGUGAGCGGUUUUAUAUAGUUAAAGUCUGCAAGAUGUAGAAACCCAGUGCGGGCAGGAAGUACAACCACUCUUGGCCGCUCUUGGUGGUUGAAAUUCUCUGAGAAAUCCGCCCCGAUUGAGGAAGAAAGCUGUCUCCCUUAAGGUAAUUUUCAUUCUCCGUCCAGAAACUUCCGUGAGAAACGGGUCUUAUAUCGAGCGAUAAGAGUUUCCAACUUACAUAACAGCUCGAAACAAAUAAAUGAUAUGUACGAUUUGAAGAUUUUUAUUCGUCGUAUCUUAUCAGAAUGCUAGAGAACUCGAAUCGCCAUGUUUACGAAUGCUGAAGCAAAAUAUCAAGAAUCUCCGACUGAUUUAUAAACUCCAUAAGCAGAUAUUAAAUCAUCGACGACUUUACUUCAACCUCGAGCGAAUAUAAAGUAGCGAAUUCGACGCAAUAAACUAGACGCAAUAACACGUCUUUUGCGCCCGUGUAAGAUGAAGAAUCGCGCGUGAAAUCGAUUGAUCGAAUUAAUCAAUAUUCAACCGGAGCAGGAUGCCGAAGCCGGUCCCGGUGGAGAACCUGGUGAUACCGCCGCAGGAUGGCCGCAUCUGCGGCACGAUUUGCAUCUGCCAGAUGACGAUGGUGUUGUCCUCGGUCGCGCUGGUGUACCUGACAGUCGCGAUCUACAUGCCUUCGGGACGGGCGUUUCAAUCGGGCAUCAGCGAGGUCCCCGCGAUGUGCACAACGAUUCGCGCGGUGAACGCCGACAAUUGCGACUGGGGCAGCUGCGGCGAGUGGUGUCUGUCCAAGACGUCCGGGCCGUGCGUGCAGAUUCACGUGAAUCUACGUAGGAACGGCUCGACGAUCCUACUGGCGAACUGUACGAACACGACGAACAAAACGUGCUACGGUAUCGAUCAGGAGAACGCGAAACGGUCCAAGUGCAUCGCGGACGAGUGCCGCAAUCUAACCGGCACCUUCAACUGCACCAUGGGCACCUGCAUCAACAUCACCGACGCAUUCGAGUGCAUGUUCCAUGACACGGAUCCGCCCCUCAAGUGUUCCGGGCGUCGCGGCAAAAUCACUUGCAUCGACAUAGACGGUCUGUAUAACUGUAAUCGCGGCACCUGCGAGCGCAUACGUACCCCGUACAAUUGCGAUCGCAGGUGCGUCGACAUCCCGACCAGGAACAAGAAUAUGAUCCUGCUGAGCGGCGACAAGGUGUACCUGAGCCAGUGCGAGCGCGCGAUAGACGUGGAGAGUAAUCGAGAGAUCUGGCACGAGGAUCGCGGCGACGUCAUGAUGGCAUCCUGUUACGGGAUCUUCAAUUCCACGCAGGGUGUGGAGGCCGUGGAUUGUAUCAACGGUUCCGUGCUGGAGAAGGAUCUACUGACCGAUUUGACCAACUUCACGUACCUGUCCUACCUAAAUUUAUACGCCACGAAACCGCUGGACGUCAACAAGCUAGUCGCGCCGCCGGAACACACCUUGAUCAUCGCGAACGAGAGCAGAUUGCUCAUUAACCUCGAGGGAUGCGUGAACACGCUUCGGGACGAGUGCAAGGAGUUUCUCCACGAGUACGGGAAGGACGGUUCCGAUCAUAACGCCCGUGCUAGAUUCCCGUGUUACUACGCGGAGGACAACACGGACGUAGUCGUGUCUCGCUUCAACCUCGAAGCGACUUAUAAAGAGUUCUUGGCCGCCCUAAUCGUGCCGAGUAUCCUGUUUGUCGUCAGCUGUCUGACUCUGAUCUUCUGUCAGAGGACAGUCGUCGUCGGGGACGACGCUAAAAUGAGGUUCAAGGGCAAGCCCGGCACGCUGGUCUCGAUAGAGAGGAGCGCGUCGGGUAACUUAGGGGAUGGGCGGAGGAGAUUCUGUUAUGGCGCUCUGAGAUCCGUCACGCAUUCCCCUCCUGGAGGAGUCCGGCUCGUCAGUCGAUAUUCUCCCUGCGCGGGCAUUACUGAGGUGUGGGGAGGGGGGGAACGCGUGAUCAAAAAAUUCUCAUCUUGCAACUUAAUAAAACAAAAAAGCCACACGUGCACAUUCCUGCAAAGAUAUCAAGAAACCUAAGCGAAACGAAC